GUGAUGUGGAGUUAUCCUGAAGUAUUGGAAAUAGAGAAGUUAUAUACAAAUGACACUCACCAAGUUGCUAAUACUUACGGUAUUGAGGCAGCAGGUCGGGUCAUUGCUGCUGUAAGUUCAUAAUUUUAAAGUUACUAAAACAAGAAAAAAAUAAAAGGCUUAUGAAAGCUGAGUAUUCAUUAGAUAAUGUUCAAUCAUCCUAUUCUCAUUCGAUUUGGGAACGAAUUCAUGCUUUCGAAAUGGGAUUCUGGAGGGGAAUGGUAACGCACAACCAUUGUGGUACUGUAAACUCUCGUUGACCCGACGUGCAAUGAUCCCCAAGAGUUAUUAAAAUGUCUUCCAAACUAGACAUAACAAAAUAACUAUAAGUAAUCACUGCCAGCAAGUUAAUCCCGCUGUAUCUGUUUUGUAAUUUCUAGGAAAUUAAGAAUGUGUUUGGUGCGUAUGGCAUUGAGGUGGAUCCUCGUCAUCUUACUUUGGUUGCUGACUAUAUGACGUACGAGGGCUCUAUCAAGGCUUUCAAUCGUAUAGGGAUCGAGUCGAACGCUUCGCCAUUCCAAAAGAUGAGUUUCGAAACAACCAUGCACUUCUUGCGAGGUGCAACCAUAUCGGGAGCUACAGAACAGCUGUCUUCACCUUCUUCUCGACUUGUUGUUGGCCGAGUUGUUGGUGGAGGAACUGGAAGUUUUGAUUUGAAAUUACCUUUGUGUUAGGUUUCGUUAGAAAAUAAAGAAUAUGCCUAACAUUUGUUGUGAUUUACUUACUAGUCUCAAUAAUAAUCUCGUUUAUAAGAAUAUUGAGAGGUAGGUAGAAUGAAAGUUGUUGCAUACAGGCUCGUGCUUUCUUAAAAUCUAAAUUGGCUUUAAGGGAGUGCGUACAAUACAUAGCUUUUCUUAUUGUAUAUGAUAAUAAGGGUACUAGUAACAGCUUAUCCCUGUUUGUUGAUUAAAAAUCUCAUAAAUCUCAUUUACACGAUACGACUAGUUGUAUGCGAUUGUCAUUCUGGUGUAUGAAAACGACUGCUGACACCACUAUUCCUACUCAUAAGUUAAGCUAUGAACAGGAAGCUAAAAGUAAGCUAUACAUUAAAUGAAAUGCAAGGCAAAACAAGAACUAAGUUUUCCAGCUACAAAAGGCGGUCAUAUGUUGGCAACCUAUCCCCCCCAAUAUUCUCUGAUAAACAACCUAUCCCCCCCCCUCCCCUCCAAUAAGUGUCCGCUACUGAUCAGCAGUUACAAUCAUAUGCUCGCGUGUUGUGUUAAACGUUAUGAAAUACAGUUAAAAGAAAACUGCCAAGAAAACGGAGAUAGAUCCGACCGAGAUAGAUCCGACGCCUAUCUAAGAAACAAUGUGGCGGGAAAAUAUUUCAUAGCCAUGCUUCUAGAACUGUUGUGGACAAACUAGGAAACAAUGUUUCAGGUUUACCAAAAGUAUUGAGUAUUUCGAAUGUUACCAAACUUGUUGGAAAACAUUUUAGCUUCAUACGCAGAAAAUUCUCACAGCAAUGUUUUCAACAAAGAACGGCAAAGAUGGAAACAUACGAGGAAGUGUCAGAAUCUUCCGCAUGUUUCCACGUUUGCCCAAAGCUUUAUAUAUGAUGACUAUUUUUGUGACAGGGUCUGGUUGAUACUGCAGUGAAGACAAGUCGCAGUGGUUACCUUCAGCGAUGUCUUAUCAAGCAUUUGGAGGGCUUACAUGUUGGAUAUGACUUGACAGUUAGGGAUAGUGACGAAUCUGUUGUACAGUUUCACUAUGGCGAGGAUGGAUUAGAUGUUUUGAAAACUGCAUGUUUGUCUGAAAAGCAGUUUCCCUUUAUGGCCAGCAGUCUCUGGCCAGCAAUUAUAAGGAAUGAAACAAACCGAUGAGCUAAACGAUGAUUGACUUACAAGUUGAAAUUACAGUAGUUUGCAGCAAAGAUAAAUCUGGAUAUAUUUUGCCUCUUGAAAAUAGGGAAUCCUUGGCGUGGCGUUGUAUCUGAUAACGUUGCUUCACACAGAAGCUACUGUAAAUAUAUCGAUUUGUCGGCCUGGGAAUUUUUUACUUUCAAGAGGAACGUUUAUUAAAUUAGGGGCGUUUAUUAGAGAGGAGCGUUUAUUCUUACAUACGUCAUUGUUACGCUACUUUCCAAUAGUUUGCCAAGUGAACAAAACAAGAGAGUGAACGUUUAUUAGAUCAUUCACGGUAAUCUGCACCAAUUGAACGAUAUUCCUUGUUAACAUUAAGCAAAACCUGAAAUUGGCCUGACAAACUGUCGUGUGUUUACGUGCUCUGAAACUUCGUUUCCGUUUGACUCAAUUUCCUCGGCUAUAUAUAUGUAGGACGGUUACCUCCCACACCAAGAUGAACAUGUUUUACAUAUCCUUAAACACUAUAAUGGUAUCUGAUAUUUGUAUAAUAUCUGUAUAUAUGGUAUCUGAGUUUUGUAUAAUUAUAAUAACGUCUGUAUAUUAAUGUCUUAUCUUCGUUUGUUUAUGUUGAUCGCAGGCGUCGAUCACGCAGUUGAGACCUAGGGCAGCGGUUGCUCAGAUUCCUCCUCAACUGGAAAGGCUCAACGGAAGGUGGGUUUCCUGAAGCACUACUGUUAAUAUUUUAUUAAAUUUCUAAAAAUUUAAUUUCUAAAAUUUGAAAAUACAAUGACAUUCUGUCAAUCUGUCAUAAUAUACUGGGUGUCCCAAAACAUCCCCACCUCACCUUUUGUAAUUUGAUAGUGUUACUACGUUAGCUUUUAAGAGGUUUCAGGUUUUUAUACUGGAUUUAAUAACUAUCAUAUGAUGUUAAUACAUUGAUAUUUCACUGAUCAAAAUACGCAACCGUUUAGAAUCCGUUAAGGUAGCGAUACGAAUAUUCUAUAACUUGACAAAAUAUUUCAAUCCUUUGAGAAGGGAUUUUUAAAGAGAAUGCUCACCUACCUUCUCUUCAACUGAUGUUUCGCAUCCUUCUUGUCCCAAAGCGUAGAUGCAUGUAUAUUAAUUAGUACAGAAAGAAAAUUAUUACCCCAUUUAUGUGGUAUUUACAACAUGGGUGUAUAUAGCCAAUUCAGAAAUGGUUCUUCUUCAAAAAUAUUAAACCUUAAACAUUGAGCGCGCAAGGUAUGAUGGAUAUUGCUUAUUUGGAGCCUGAGGGCCUGUUCAUAUGGGGAAAAGUUAUCCCGGUUAGCGAGAAAACAUUUCGACAAGUUUACAGGCGAGAUCUCGCCUUGUUAUGAAAAUAAUAUGAAAAGUUACACUGCGUUCAUAUGAGACGAAAAGUUUUCCCGUGUACCGAGAUCUCGCUUGUUGACAGGCGAGAUCUUUUUUAAAUUUUAAAUUUAUUUUCCCAUGUAUAAAAAUCUACUUAAAAUAUAUUACAAUAUUGGUGACCAGGAUAAUGUUUUUCCCAUGUGAACACAACAUAGCCACAACUUUCCCGCUUAGCGGGAAAACUUUCUGUCGUGUCAGCAACUUUUCUGGUUUUAAAAUGUAUUUAAAGUUUGUUUUUUUAACUUUUUCCGCCUCGCGUGUCACACCAGUGCUACGUCACAAGCCGGAAACUUUACCCGGUAAGUGGGAUAACGUUUCUCCAUACGAACAGAACAAAAUUAUUUGGCUAAAUAUUUUCUCGCUUUCCCCAUAAAUUCACUACGUUUCUUUGUAUUGUGCAUGUUUACACUAUAACGAAGUGGUUUGCCGUAGCGUAUUAACUACAGACCACUACGUUUGGCACUCCGGAUGCAAAUCACUACGCUACGGUAAAUUUGCCGUAGCGUCAUAGUGUAAAACGCGGCCUAAAUAGAAAGUUAAUGCCCAUGAUAAAUUACGUAUUUUUGUAGGUUAAUAAAAGUGUUACUGACGCGUGGCGCUCAGUCACUCCACAAAACAGAGAGAACCUUUAUUGAUCGUCUAUGCGACCUGUUUUUUGUGCCUGAUUGCCCGUCUAGACGAGCAUAACCUUCGUCAGAUAUAUCAUGCAACAGAUUCCGCUUUCAUUGUACGUUUUUAUUUAAUUUAUUUUAACAUACAGUACAACCCAAAGUAUCUCCUUUAAUCGAUUUGUUUUUGUGCAAAAGUGCUUGUAUAUUCGUGCCCUCGCAAACGUACAAGAGAAAUCAUUGUGUUUAUUUUUUCAGAUAUAAGCAACGUUUAUCACGUGGACCAGAUCCUGUUCUUUCAAAAAUGUCUCCAGCUUGUCAUGUUGGUGCUGUAUGA